UUUCCAGUUUAUUCCAUUCAAUCAAUUGAUCUCGUUAAGACUUUGACAUGGUAUCAGAGCCAUCGGGGCACUUCUUGUCUCCCGCCGUCACCAAAUCGAGUACUGAUAUGUUGUAUUUCGGUUGGGUUGAACCCAAUCGAGCCGAUGCUCACCACUAAAGUCGAGAGGCAGAUGGUUCAAUUGUUGUUUGUUGUGGGCGCCAUGUAAUGGUGGCCUGUAGUUUAGCUUGACGUAAAAAAAUGUCUUCCUCUAUGGUGAUCUAAGAAGCCUAUCUCCAUGGAGAGGCAACAAGGGUAUAUGAAGGGAACUUUUGGUUUGGUAUGUAAGUUGGUUUAGCCGCUCUGUGGUCUCAAGCAAGCUCCCAUUGUAUGAUUAUUGAAAUUCCAUGGAACGAUUUUUCAACAAGACUUCAAACAGAGUCAGAAUGAUCCUUUAAUGUUUUUCGGAUUGCGGUUUUGCAAAUAUAUGUAGAUGAUAUGAUUGUUAUUAACAUUUACAUCUCAAGAAUUCAAGACUUGAAUGUCUCUUCAUUAGGUGUUCAACCUAUAUGAACAUCUUGGUAACGUGUUUUGUGCCCUUGGUCUAGAGGGGCGUACAUUAAUUAGCACAUGGGUUAUUUGUUUCACAGGAGAAAUAUAUUGUUAAUCUACUGGAAUCUCCACAAUUUGAAGAAUGCAAAGUGUGUGCAACACUAAUGGAAUAUAAUCUGAAGCUCAGCAAGGAGAGUGACGAGUUGUAAGAUGAUAAAGCCACGAUAUCGAACCUUGGUGUGUAUCUCAGUUCAUGUGGUGAGUAAGUUUUUGACCAGAGGGAGUCUACCGGGAGAAGGCAAUAAAUCGGGUAAAUUGCAAGUAUUGUUACUAAAAUUACUAAAAUAUUUACGUUUGUCACUAUAAUAAUUAUAGUAUAAUUAGUUUAUUCUAUUCAUGGUCACUAAAAUUAGUACAACAGUUCAAGUUUGGUUUCUCUCCAUUAGUCUCCGUUAAUUUUUUCUGAUGUGGUAGUCAAUUCUCACAGUUGACAGUUAAAUGGCUGAUGUAUCAAAUAACAAAAAUUAAAAAUAAUUUGUCACAAUUUCCACCUCAUUAUAACAAUUAAUUAAACUAAAUAAAAAAUAAUAAUUAUUAUAAAUUUUAUAUUAUUAUUUUAUCGCCACGACACCCAUUUAACGGUCAACUGUGAGAGUUGACUGACACAUCAGAAAAAGUUAACGGAGACUAACAGAGAGUGACCAAACUUGAAUUGUUGUAAAUUUUAGUGACCAUGAAGGUAAUAAACUAAUUUUAGUGGAAAAUGUGAAAUGUUUUAGUAAAUCUGUUGGAAAAGGAAAGAGUGAGAAAUAGGGGGAGAGAAAUAUAAUUAAUGUAGGUUUAAUUUUGAAAAAAAAAGUUUAAUUAAUAUGAAUUUUUUAUUGUCAAAGAGCAACAAUAAAUGCAUAACAGAUUCAAUAUCCAAAAUAACUUUAAAAAGUUAUUUUGGAUAUUGAAUCUAUUAUGCAUUUAUUGUUCUGGUCUGAUGAGAUUCUAGUAACAAAACUUAGUGAUUCCCUGCACCAUACUGAUGUGGUUGUCUCGUCUAAUGACGAUAACGAGCGAUGGAGAUUUACGGGUUUUUAUGGGUGGGCUAAUCGGGAUGAAAGGUUUCAAUCUUGGGAGCUCCUUCGUGGGUUGAAAAAUGGUUGCAACCUGCCUUGGGUUUGUAUGGGGGAUUUUAACCAAAUCUUGUUAGGAGAAGAGAAGAAAGGAGUAAGGAUGAUUGAUGAAAAAAUAGGCUACUGAUUUUAGUGAAGCUUUGGAGCAUUGUGGCCUCCUUGAUUGUGGCUUUACAGGGUACCCUUUUACUUGGGAAAACAACCGUGCUCACGAGAGUUCUAUAGAAGAGAGGUUGGACAGAUGUCUUGCAAGCUGGGAUUGGAAAACUCUGUAUCCAAACCAUAAAUUAAACCACCUGGAUCGGUGUGGCUCAUAUCACUGUCCUAUUCUGCUUUAUACAGCAGGGAAAGAGGAUGAGGAGAUUCGAUGGGGUUGUGAUAGCAUCGUAUUUGCACGUGUUUUCACUCGGAUUUCUUGUCCAUUUUGGCUCGAAUUGAUUGUUGCUUGGCCUAUUUUACGCUAGGUUGUGUUGUUUUGCCAUAUUUCAGGUCCUAGCAAGUACAGAGGUGCAUAGGCGCAAGUUUCAGGUCAUUCGGAGGUCAGAUGGCGAAUCACAGAACGAAUUACGGGCAGCCCCUGCCAAAUUACGACCGUAAUUGGUCAGGGCAUGCCCGUAAAACAAUUGCCGAGCCUUUUCCCCAGAAUUUCCUCUCGGUGAUAAAAUUACGGGCAAGACUCCCAAGAAUUACGACCGUAAUUCACAAAUUACUGGCGGUAAUUGUGAAAUUACGGGCGUAUCUUCUCCUCCUUCAGCUUAAUUGAAACGUGCGUUUUGGGGCGAAUUACGGGCAGGACGUGAUUACGGCCGUAAUUCAGCCCGUAAUUCGCCCAGAGUCGGGUUUUUGAGGCCAGAAUCGAGCCAAGGAAGGGGAGAUCGAAUUUCUUGAGCAAAAACAGAGUUUUAGAGAGAGAAAGUGCGAAGAACUCACCCUAGAAGCCAUCUUGGAGCUGGGUUUCAUCAAAUCAAGCUUGGAGAUCGUCCUAGGAGUGGAAAUCAUCAUCCCGGAGCAGAUUAUCCUCAUCAUUAUGAGUAUGACUACUCCGAUUACUGUUUUCUUUUCUCUCUCUAUGGAGUAGAACCUCUCUCUCACUUGGGGAUGAAGAACCCUAGUUCUAUGUGUUAGGGGAUUGAUUGUAAUGACUUGGGAUGAUAUUACUGUUUGAUUAUAAUCGAAUGAUGCAUGUUUAUUGAGUCAAUUGAAGUCUGAUCAACUUUUCCUGAUUCCUGCUGCAAUCUGAGAUAGAUAGAAUCUGAUUAGGUUGCUAGAGUCUCAUCAUUCGAUAGUAGGAGACUGGUUAUACGAGAGUUAGCCAGUUUACUGCUUUGUACUGGAAUCUAAUUCCAGUAGUGAAUUUCUGUUCUUACUGCUUCAGCUUUCUAUCCCGGUGAAGACUAGUCGUCUGCCGGGUAGUUAGACUGAGAGGGCUUGGUCAGCUUAAGAGAUUCCAAGCUACUGUCGGAUCUUCCGCAGUUUAAUCAACAGUAAAUCAGCCCAGGGAAUUGCAAUUGAACCUAACUAAGGAGCUAGGGGGAUUCAUUCCCGAGUGACUCUUUCCUGCUUAAGAAAACCGAAUAAUUUCCUGCUUUAUUUCUGCUUUUAGUUUAAACAACAAUCACUUACUCUAGUUGGCUAGAUAACAGAGAAUCACUGAGUAAGCAGUAGAUCUAGACCCCGGGUUGAUAAUAUAACUUGCCUGUUACUGCAUUCCCGGUCUGCGAUUACACUUGGUCGCAGAUUGGUGUUGUGUUUUGGCGUGUCAAGUUUUUGGCGCCGUUGCCGGGGACCCUCUAGGUUAUUGGGGAAAAGUGAGAAUUUGUUACUCUAGCUUUUUAUUUUCUGCUUUUUAUUUCUUCCACCUGUGUGCCUUCACGGGUUGUUUCUGCUGAUUGUGUGCAGGUAGUGCAUGACCCGUAGCCAGUCGGGAGAUCUAUUACCACUAGACCAGGAGCUUGAACGAACCUGCAGAAACUUCAAGCGGGCUCUAAAGGCGCGACUGGCUGCGGAGGAGGCGCUAUCACAGCUGCAGUUAGAGGAGAAAGAAGAAGAGAUGGCUGAACCAGGGAACCAUGCUGUGAUCCCCGAGGAGCAGACCAUGGGCUCCUACUGGACCGCUAGGGCUGCGGACAUGAGGUCACCCAUUCAGCACCCUCAGGUCCCGGCCAACAACUUUGAGGUGAGCACCUCCGUGAUCACCAUGCUGCGCGGUUCAGUAGUGUUCCGUGGUAAGGAGGGAGAGUGCCCUCGAUCACAUCUCAGGCGAUUCCACGAGCUCAUCGAUGGAAUCAAGAUCAAUGGGGUACCAGCAGAUGCCAUCCAGCUGAGGUACUUCCCAUUCACUCUAGAGGGGCAGGCCAAGGAGUGGCUAGACACUCGAUCUCCGGGCUCCAUCACCACGUUCGCCAACCUGGCGGACAAGUUCCUCACCCGCUACCAUCCUCCAUCCAAGACAGCUGACCUGCAGAAGCAAAUUACACAUUUUGCUCAGGAUGAGGAUGAGACCAUCAGGGAUGUAUGGGAGAGGUACAACAGUCUUUUCCUCAGGUGUCCCAAUCAUGGUUUCAACGAUGCGUUCAAGGUGGGCACCUUCUAUCACGCCCUCUUCCCGGAGGACAAGCAGCUGAUCGAUUCGGUUUGUGGCGGGAACAUGCUGACCAAAACCCCGCCACAGCUGAAUCAACUCUUUGAAGAGAUGGCGGAGAAUGGUUAUGAUUGGGGCACUGCCAGGAGAUCGAGGAGAGCACCAGGCCGGGGUGUGCAUGCUGUGGGCACCCAGUCAUCUGAUUUGGUGCAGGUAGUAUCGAAGCUGGUCUUAGCUAUCGAUCGUUCCGGGAUGAUUCCAGGGACCGGACAGCAGCAGGCGAUGCUCUGCCAGUGGUGCGAGAGCACCCAUCAUAUGGUGGAAGACUGCCAGGCGAUGAAGGAAUCGACCACGCCCCAGGAGCAGGUGAACUUCAUCAACAAUGUCAGGCGCAAUGACCCCUACAGCAACACGUACAAUGAGGGGUGGCGCCAGCAUCCUAACUUCUCCUGGACUGGGCCAAAUCCCAGACCACCAGCUCCACAGGGACCACCGGGCUUCCAGAGGCCACCAUAUCAGCCCAGACAGGGGCAAUUCCAGCAGCCAGGUGCAGCCCCUGCUGCCCCAGUGCAGAAUGAUCAGAUGGCUGAACUGCGGGACUUGGUGGGUUCUCUUGCCAGUGUUAGUGCUCAGAAAUUCAACACCUUUGAGCAAUUCAUGGAGAAGGCCUCGGGUCAACUCCUGGCUCUGGAAGCUGGUCAGAGGAAUACACGGGCUAUUUUGCAGGAUAUCCAGACCCAGCUGGGGAGCGUGGCCCAGGCAGUGGCUCAAAGGGCUCCUGGUACUCUACCAGGGCAGACCAUCCCUCACCCGCCGACCCCGAAUGAGCGCUGCAAUGCCAUCAUGACCAGGAGUGGCAAGAUGACUGUUGAUCCCCCUGCUCGGGAACCGGAGAAAGAAAGCCCUGUCUUAGCGGCUCCAGCGGUUGAACAGGAAGUAGAAAAGGAAGUUGAGGUGCCUGCACCUAAACCGCAACCAGUAGUGAAGGAGUAUGUCCCUAAACUCCCUUUCCCUACUCGGUUGCACAAAGACAGGCUGGAGGCAGAGUUCGAGAACUUCAUGGCCAUGCUUAAGAAGCUGAAUGUCCAAGUGCCCUUCCUGGAGGCACUAUCGCAAAUGCCAAAGUAUGCGAAGUUUCUGAAAGAGCUUCUCUCAAAGAAGCAGAAGCUGAGUGAGCUGGCCACGGUAGAGCUCAGCGAGGAAUGCUCGGCUAUUUUGCAAAACAAGCUUCCGCAGAAGAAGAAGGACCCAGGUAGUUUUACUAUCCCGUGCUCUAUUGAUAAAUUGCAUGUAGAGAAGUCCUUGGCGGAUUUAGGUGCUAGUAUCAAUGUUAUUCCAUAUAAAUUGUUCAUGAAACUAGGCCUAGGUGAACCCCGUGCUACUAGGAUGACCCUUCAAUUAGCUGACAGAUCUGUAGUGCAUCCUAGGGGUAUAGUGGAAGACCUUCUGGUUAAGGUUGGCAAAUUCACAUAUCCCGUGGAUUUUGUUAUCUUGGACAUCAGUGAGGACACAGAAGUGCCUCUUAUACUGGGAAGGCCUUUCCUGGCCACCGCCAAGGCUCUCAUAGAUGUGCAUGAUGGGACCUUAGUUUUGAGGGAUGGCGAGGAGCGAAUAACGUUUUCUGUUGCUGAUACUAUACCUGCUUCGUCACCUCUGCAUGCUGUAUCUCACCAGGAGCACGAGUCUGUCGUGUAUCCUUCUGUGCUGCCCAUUUUGCAGGAACCGCCUCCCACACCUUCGCCGCCACUCCGGACCACUCCGUCACCCAAAGAACAGAUCAAGGAGGAGUGGCGGCCGAAACUGCAGGCAGCUAAGCCUGCUCGAAAGAAAGUCGGAGACCACUAUGACCUGGUCCCGCCCCCUCCUUGGCCAUCCGAGUAUUCACUCGCUUGCAUCCUACCGGAUGGCCAAGUCGAGCUGGCGAAUGCAGGUGGCCACAUUCGUCGCGUGCAUGGCCACCAUUUGAAGCUGUACCUCAAGAGCGAUGUGGAUCCGCUCUUGAAGGCACCUGAUCCUACACUUCCCUGAGCAUCCAUACUGGCGUCCAGCUAAAAGACGGUAAAGAAGCGCUUGUGGGGAGGCAACCCCACCUCGGUUUGCAUUUCUAUCCUUUUUUCCUUUUAAUUUUUGUCGUUUUCGAGUCAUUGAGUCUGUUUGGAGUCUUACUGGAAUGUUUCUCCUGCCCCGGAUGGUCCAUUUUGGUCUAUGUUGGUGUAUUUUUUGAACCGGGGCACGAUUGGGUUUGGUUGUUCGAAAUUGCAGCUCAAAAACUGGAGAAAAAGGGCCCUCGGCAGUAAAAUUACGGGCAAGGG